UUUGCAGUUGCAAAAAAGCUAGUUUCUGAUUUUUUUUCGGAAAUUAACCGCGGACUUUGUAUUUUUUUCAUGUCUGCGGAUACAAUCAAGGUGUCAUCGGUUUCGUAAUUAUAAAGCCAACGGCUUCAAUUGGCUGGUUAUCAACGACUCGGACGAGGACUGAUCGACGACAUAUCAUCAUAAUUAUCAUCGAUAUUUGAGGUCUGGGCGAAAUAAUACACAGUUCAGCUUUGUUUAAUCUGAACCGUGAUCAGAUCUUCGAAAAAACUGGUCAUUUGCAAAGUAUUGCAGUUUUGAUCGCAAGACCGCUGUGAGCAUAUGGCACUUCGGUUUUGCGCCAACAGUUAGCUUAGUUGUCUGCUAAGUCCAAAAGCAACUGGACAGAUUUUUAAUUAUAUAUUAUUUGGAAGACAUUUCGCUAUUCAAAGUGACUCCAUAAGGUCAUCAGCUGGAAAUCAAAGAGCCAACACAACUUUGUGGUACCACCCCACCAUGUUGGGAAUUAUGGAUCAUCACCAAGACACCGUCCGAAAAUGUAAAACUGAGGCUUUGCCUCCAGAGCGCAGGAAGAGGACCGUUGAGGAUUUCAAUAAGUUUUGCAGCUUUGUCCUGGCCUAUGCUGGGUACAUUCCACCUCAAACAGAAGAGAGUUCAUGGUCUCCGUCUUCAUCUCCAUGUACACACGAGCUUUCUGAGCUAUCCGGUGAAGGGUCCGUAAAGGAUAGCUGGACCGAUGCUCACUCCAACCUCAACAGCAUUCACAACUUGGUCUACAAAGCUGAAACUGACAGCAGCAGCACAGAGUUCAGCCAUCUUCAGUCGGACAGCUCCUUAAACCAGAUGAGACUGAAAGACUCCCUGAACCAGAUCCAUCUUCAUAGUAAAGCUGAGAGGAAGAAGGUGAAAAAACUCGGACGCUUAUCUUUAGGAGGGCCGAGAAAAAGCAUCUCGGAGGCAAGAGCGCACAAACAGUCGAAAGCAGCUCUGAAGAAAAUGAAGAGAUCGGUAAAGACUGAGAGUCACUUUACACCCACAAGCCCUCUGAAUGAGGGGCUUCAAAAAGAGGAGGGACUAACAGAACAGGCCAUUCACUUGCAUGAGGCAGGGCUUAAACUGGAGUCCAAUCAAGAAACAGACCUGAGCUCUUGCGAAACAGACACACUCGUGACUGAUGAGGAUAUUAUGGUGGAGUCUGGUGAUGAUUCAUGGGAUCUGAUUACUUGUUAUUGCGGGAAGCCUUUUGCGGGACGUCCCAUGAUUGAAUGUGACGAGUGCUCCAUAUGGGUUCAUCUCUCCUGCGCUAAGAUUAAGAAGUCCAACGUACCUGACAUUUUCUACUGCUACAGAUGCAGGGACUCUCGGGGUUCCACGGUCAAAAGAGACCUAUGAGAAAGAGUGUGUUGGUGCAGAUGUGUGUAUUUAAAUGGACGAGAUGUUCUCAUUCCGGUCCUUUUUACUUUUCUGAUUACUAUUAAUUAGUUUCUGUUAAAUUAAAAGAUUUGAUUUAUAUAACUGCAUUUGUUAUCCUUUGUUCUGUGUUGACAGAUUUGUCUUGGUUUAUAUUAAGUGGCUUUCAGGUUUAAGAAGGCUUCCUAAAUCUCCUGCACUUAUUUGCACUACUGUAUUUUGAUUGUACACAAAUAAACUAAAAUUAAUAUGGGUGGAAAAUGUGCACUAUGACCAUAUAGUAUGUGGAUUAAUGAAUCAACUUCUCUUUUGGCCCUCUGGUAUUUCAAAGUAAUCUAGUUAGUUUGAAACCAAUAUAUAAAACAAUUUCAGUGAUGAUUGUUAUCACAAGAGCAUGUCUGGGUAAUAUCUCGCUACAAGUCAAGAAAGAAAUUUAUUUUUGCAUAAAGGACCAUUAAGAGUUAUUAUUUUUUGUUUGUUUUCAAUUACUUUUCAUGACAUUUAACUGCAAUGCUACUUCCAGUGAAGAGGUGUGCUUAAUGAAUCCGGUGUUUUUCAGUCUUGCCACUGAGGGUCCCUCUACACAUUU